AUAGGAACAACAGACAGACGCGGAACCCCAGUCACCCUACAAUGAACAGUGACAUUUUAGAACGCACAGGAACCCCUUCACCCCCAGUUCCUGCCCUCUCCAGUCCCCUUGGGUCACCUCUGUGUUUGCCUCAGCUUCUUCCGCUGUCUUCUCCUGUCAUCAAAAAGAGGCCCAUUCAGAUCACUUCCUUCGACAGCAAGGGUCUCCCAUUGCAGACGUCGAAUAAGCCGCCGUCAGUCACCGUGAGCAAAAAGCCCACUCCAUCCAUUUCCAUUGCAUCCGAACCCUUAUCAUUUAUUUCCCGUCCGUUGAUUUCAAAGCCGAGCGCGAGGCUUUCAAAACCAACUUGGGGGAUGACUAGAUCAAGGCAGACAAGCAAAUCUCCUGACCUGCCUGGUCCAGCUUCCCCUCUGGAUCGUGAUGUUGGAAGGAAAAAGAUUAAUGCACCUGUCACAUGUAAACCCAAAGCAAACUCCGGCACGGUGAUAGGUCAGAAAAGGCUGCCCUCAACGGACAGGAGCCAAGAGCCGAUAUUAAGUCUGCUUCCAUUUCAUAUGAAUCGGGGCCCUACAAAUCUUACUCACACCGAAAGGGGCCGAGGGGGGCAAAGGUCCGGGCAUCUUUACAAAUCUCCUGGCCAAAGGACAGUGAAGAACCAAACUGCUACGGCCAACUUUACCAAACCAUGGCCUAAAGAGAAUAUGCAGGGUUCCAGCAAGAUCAUCCCUAAAUAUUUAUGCCAUAAUCAAAAAUAUACAAAGGAAAUGAAUGCCUGGCAAAACAGAGCUCAGGAUUCUGGGUUAUAUGGAGCAGAGUUUGAAUUAAAGAAAAGUACUUCCAAAUCCAGCUUCGGCAUCUCACCUACCCAAAGGGAGUGCUCGAAAGAGCCAGACCCUGGCAGGUUGAAUAACAAGGACCGACACUCAUUUUUGAGGUUUCAAGGGCUCAGAACUUCAGCCAGUAAAGGACAUGAUUUAAAUCUGGCUUAUUCUCUGCUUAAUGAACAGAAAAUUGCACUGGAGUGCCCUGUUACCAGUGAAAUCCUAAAGAACGCACCACAGGAAAAGAAUAUUCCAGACAGACCUCUGCCCCCACCCCCUCAUAACUUCAAAGUCUACCUCAAUCCUCCUGUGCCUGAAUCCUUACAAGGAAAUAAUGGAAAACAGGGAUCUGAUCUAACCGCUCAUUACGACCAGCACAGACAUAUCAACAAUGCAGACAAUUCGAGAAACGUCAAGCUGCUCAAUCGCAGUGCCAAAGGCAACACACCGACUUGCACUGAUAACACAGAAUUCUGCACAGAAAGGCAGCAAUACGGGGAAAUGUGCCGAACUCGAACUCCUUGCCUUCCUCCAUCGAAGCUGGGAUCUCUUCCCACCUCCAGUAAAAUGCUUUCGCUAUCGAGAAAAAAGCCGGAAUCUUUCAAGAACCAACUGUGUCAGUUUUCUAGCCAGAGUAACAAUCUCAGGCAUGGACUUCAGUCCCCAGAUAUUGUGAAAGAAGACGAGGGUGAAAUUACUGUCUCUAGAACAGGUAAUAUGAAUGUACGUAACUAUAGUGAGAAUCAGCUAAAACAAGCAUAUCCAAUCAGCAUGUGCCCCACUGUGGUUCGUCAAGAUGAUCUCUGCGAUGUUUUACACACAGCCGCUGCUUCUGAGCUGCCUUGGAGGCAGACAUACACCGAGCUGAAUCCAAGACCUUCAAAACGUCUGACAGACCUGAGAGACUCUAACCUACAUUUAAGAUCAAUUCCUGCUGGCAUUAAAAACAGUACACAGGCAUCCCAACCAAAAACUGGCCCACAGGACUCGGGGGGAGGGAAAAGCUCAGUAAUUGAUAUGUUGUCCCCCAACAAAUUGCCAAAUCCAUCAAAUAAUCUGAAGACCGAUUUAUGCAGCUGCCUUGGGAAUGAACCAAUAAACAUCACAAAAGUGGGCCUACAGCCUGGGGUCAGACAAGAGUCUCCUUUUAUACCAUAUGCUCAGAAAGCAGGCCUCAAGAAGAAAGAAGAAUGGGAUAAUGACUGUAACACCUUUCUAAAGCGUGGACUGACCUUAUCUUCAUUGGUGCUUUUAAGCACCCGUGAAGACCCCAAGCACUCUUCUGAAUGUACCGUAACAGACAUGUCUGAAAUUGUGCCCCCAGAAGUCAGACCCAAACCUGUAGUCCCUGCUAAACCUACCGGGAUCUCCUCAGUCCAUGGCCCUCAGGGGUCGGGGGUCGGGGGUCAGGGGGCAGGUGGAGGGUCGACGCUCUUGGGAUACAUUGGGAUUGAUACCAUCAUUGAACAAAUGAGGAAGAAAACCAUGAAGACUGGCUUUGACUUCAACAUCAUGGUAGUGGGCACCAGUGGCCUGGGAAAGUCCACCUUGGUGAAUACGCUGUUCAAAUCUCAGGUCAGCAGAAGGAGCACAGGGUGGAGUCGUGACGAGAAGAUCCCCAGGACUGUGGAGAUCAAAGCCGUGUCCCAUGUCAUCGAAGAGGGUGGAGUGAAGAUGAAGUUGACAGUAAUUGACACUCCUGGAUUUGGAGACCAGAUCAACAAUGAAAACUGCUGGGAUCCCAUUGCAAAGUACAUCAAUGAGCAAUAUGAAAAAUUUCUGAAGGAGGAGGUUAAUAUUGCUCGCAAGAAGCGCAUUCCAGACACCAGAGUGCACUGCUGCCUCUACUUCAUCUCCCCUACUGGACAUUCCCUGCGGCAGCUGGACACAGAGUUCAUGAAGAAUUUGAGUCGCAUGGUGAACAUCAUCCCGGUCAUUGCCAAGUCCGACACGCUGACAGUGGAGGAGAAGAUUGAAUUCAAACAGAGGGUAAGGAAGGAACUAGAAAUAUCUGGCAUCGAGUUUUACCCCCAGAAAGAGUUUGAUGAAGACAUGGAGGACAAGAGCGACAAUGAUAAGAUCAGGGAGGCCAUGCCCUUCGCCGUGGUGGGCAGUGAUAAGGAAUACCAGGUUAAUGGCAAACGAGUCCUGGGCAGGAAGACCCCCUGGGGGGUGGUUGAAGUUGAAAAUCCAAUUCACUGUGAAUUUUCCCAAUUGCGAGACUUCUUGAUCAGGUCUCACCUGCAAGACCUCAAAGAAGUGACUCACAAUAUCCACUAUGAAACAUAUCGUGCCAAGAGGCUCAAUGAUAACGGAGGCCUUCACCCCAUCUCUACUGCCCCCCCUGGUGACACACAGGAGAGCAACUUGUGAGUGAGGGUGGCAGAGAGCAUGUAGUGCUGAGAUACAGAAACGGUGAUAGAAGUUUGUAUUGUCAUGCCAUCACUGCAUGCUUGGAGGGUCUCAUACCACUUAAAUGUUCUGUACCUAUAUUUUUACUACAAUACACAAUCUCUCCUCUCACAACCUUGCCAAAUGCACAUGAACUGACCUCUUAACCAAGGGAGACAGAUUAUAAAUCUGUGAAAAAGGGACCAUAGACGCUUCUCUACUUACGAAUGAGAUAUGCUCCGAACGGCCGUUCAUAACUUGAAAUGUUCGUAAGUCAUUAUUCAGCAUCAGUUUAUGGGUAUACUCAAGUACUAAGUACAAGGAUGCUGGGAGUACAUACGUCACGCUGCUGUGCGGCGGGAGUAGCGGCCAGAAAAAAAAACUGAUAUUGUGGACAGGAAACAGGAGCCCAACGAACACAAUUUGGACUUACAGUUCGUAUGUCAGAAAGUUCGUAAGUUGAAAGUUCGUAAGUAGAGUAGCGUCUGUACUUGGUCACAUAUUUAUAUUAACUAAAUGUAAUUUUCCUCAGUCAAUUGAAAUUUAACCUAACUCUCUUUAGUAAGCCAUGGAAAAACUAAAAAUAUAUAGAUUUUUAAGUCUUCCAUUACUUACUUCAAGCCUACUGCAGUAUAAUUAUUCCAGUAAGUUUGUGAAGUAUAUUACUAAUUUGUCAGUUAACUGAAUGCACAAAAGAAAUCUCAGAGCUUGUGUUACACUGCGCACAACAAAAGUUAAUUCAGUAAUAACAGUGUUGAAAUAAGAAAACUGCUUAUUUGUGUACAGAUCACAAUAGUAAGUACUUGAAUAAAAAUAUUCUGAUCUCUGUAUAUUUACGGGAAAUUUUGUUUAAGGUCAGCCCUGAAAGAAUUCUUUCACAAAAUAAGGUUUUUCUCCUAAGAAUUUGUACAAUCAAGUUAUAUGUAUAUAUGAGAGUGAGUGUAAAUUGUGUCUUUUGUGUCUGAGAAGUACUUCGUAUUGUAACAGGUAGUUGUAUAAUUUAUUUUGUCAAAAGUGUAAUAGUAGUUUUUUUGGACAAUGGUACAGGAUGGUAUUGAUGGUAAUACAAGUUUGGGGAAAUUGUACUUCAUAGCUAGAUUGUCUGUAUGUGUGCAUGCAAGAAUGUCAAUGAAUUGUUUCAUUUUUACUAUUAUUAUUUUGUACAUAUUAUAUAUUACCACCAACAGAUUUUUAUGAAUCAAUUUAAUGAUUUGUAAUCUUUCAUUCUUAUCAAUACAUGAUUGGUUUAUAUGAACAUUUUAAUAAUUGCAUUACCUCUGUAUCACACCAUCUAUAUAUUAUAUAUUAUUAUUAUAUCAAUAUCUUAAGGUAGAUGUAAGAUAGGAAUUUCAUGUUUUUUACCUUUUGUUUGUUACAUGUCAUACCAGAUCGAUACUGUUGUAAUUUACUGCAUUGUGAUUUCAGUGUUACAUUUUCUUUAUAUAUUGAAACAUAAUUUUUCCAUUCAUUUUCUUCCUCUUUUUAUCAACCCAAUUGUCCUAUACUUGCCAAAUACCACGUGCUAAAUGAAAACCAAGAACUACACGGAUAAAAAGUAUGUUUUGCGUGUGAAUGGUAUUGCUAUUGUUGCCAUUAAUGUUGGUAUGAUUAUGAUUUUUGUAAAUUAAAAAUAAAUCUUGCGCCUCUUUAAUGACCUAUGCUGUUUGAGAAA